AUGGCAAGCGCUUCAGUCACCGUCAUCAAGCCCAACGGACCUCUCCCCGGUGCGCAGGCCUCGGAGACGACCAACGAGUUGCCUCGUCCUUACAAGUGCCCUCUCUGUGACAAGGCCUUCCACCGUCUCGAACAUCAGACAAGACAUAUUCGCACUCACACGGGCGAAAAGCCUCAUGCCUGCCAGUUUCCUGGUUGCAGCAAAAAGUUCUCCCGCUCCGAUGAGUUGACACGUCACUCGCGAAUUCACAACAACCCCAACUCGCGACGUGGGAACAAGGGCCAGCAUCACCAGCAGCAUCACCACCACCACCACCACCACCAUCAUCAGGGCGGCCUGCCGCCUCACAUGCACACUGAGGCCAUGAUGGCUCCUCAGCCGGCUCCCAAGGCGAUUCGCUCCGCCCCUACUUCGACGCUGGCCUCCCCCAAUGUCUCGCCUCCUCACUCCUUCGCCUCGUUUGCCCAGCACCCCCAUCCGCUACCGAUGCACCCCCUCAACCGUGGCGGUGAUAUUUCAAUGCUGGCCAAGGCUGCAACUCAGGUGGAGCGUGAGACUCGCGCUGCUCCUCCCACUCACGGUCCUCGACACUAUUAUGGCCACGCCAUGCCCAGCUCUCGUGGCCACCCUAAUGGCUUGUCGUCAUACCACAUGGCGAGGUCUCACUCCAACGACGAUCAUGACGACCACUACAACGGCAUGCGCCACGCCAAGCGUUCAAGGCCAAACUCUCCCAACUCAACGGCCCCUUCGUCUCCAACUUUCUCGCAUGAUUCACUCUCACCUACUCCUGACCACACUCCCAUUGCAACUCCUGCCCACUCACCUCGUCUACGGCCAUUCCCGGGGUACGAGCUGCCAAGCAUUCGGAACUUGUCCCUUCAGCACAACACGACACCGGCUCUGGCACCCAUGGAGCCACACUUGGAUGCCCCGCAAUUUCCGCCUCAAUUGAACGCUCUUCGGAGCAACGGAAUGUCCCUGACGGAUAUUAUCAGCCGCCCUGAUGGCGCACAGCGAAAACUUCCUGUCCCACAGGUUCCCAAGGUCGCCGUCCAGGACUUGCUGUCGGACAGCGGAUACAGCAACAGUGGCAGAAGCUCGGCCACGGGUAGCCUCGCUGGCGGCGAUCUCAUGGAUCGGGUAUGA